ACGACAACACUGCGGACAUUUUUUUCUGACGGACCACAACAACACGUAUCAGCUGAGCGCUUGUAGUUGUGUGUGUGGAUUAUUUGUAAAAUCCCAAAUCCUCCAAAUUCAGCAUUAUUAUCCUUUGGACUCUUGUACCAGGAGGGUCCCGUAGACGAAUAAAUGUCUGAUGCACAAGAACCCUCUAAAAGUAAAGAAGAAGAAGAGGAGGACCCACCACAAGCAGAGGUCCAGUACUUCGGGGUGAUUACAUCUGGUACAGAAGACUCAGAGGACGACAGCAGUGAGGAAGAGACACCUGGAGAAAUGGACUUCCUGCGUAACCUCUUCUCCAGUGCCUUGGGUUUCGGGUCAGGUUCUGGAGAGAAAGUCCUGGAUGAGCUAACUCUGGAUGGAGUGGCAAAAUACAUGCUGAGUGGAAAAUGUAAAAAUAUAAUUUGCAUGGUUGGAGCUGGAAUAUCCACAUCGGCUGGAAUUCCUGAUUUCCGAUCUCCAGGAACAGGCUUAUACGCCAAUUUGCAGAAAUAUAAUCUGCCUUACCCAGAAGCAAUUUUCCAGAUUGAUUAUUUUAAGCAACAUCCAGAACCAUUUUUUGCCUUGGCCAAAGAGCUGUAUCCUGGACAGUUUAAGCCAACCAUCUGCCACUACUUCAUGAAGCUGCUCAAGGACAAAGGGCUUUUAAAGCGCUGCUACACACAGAACAUAGAUACUCUGGAGCGUGUGGCUGGUCUGGAGGGAGAUGACCUGAUUGAGGCCCAUGGCACUUUCUACACAUCGCACUGUGUGAGCUUCUGCUGCCGGAAAGAGUACAACCUCGACUGGAUGAAAGAGAAAAUCUUCGCUGAUGACAUUCCGAAAUGUGAAAAAUGCAGCAGUUUAGUGAAGCCAGAUAUUGUCUUCUUUGGAGAGAAUUUGCCUGUCCGGUUCUUCACAUCUAUGAAGAUGGACUUUCCACGCUGUGAUCUUUUAAUCGUCAUGGGAACAUCUCUGCAAGUGCAGCCAUUCGCAAGUCUAGUCAGCAAAGUUUCAAGAAACUGCCCCAGAUUGCUCAUUAACAUGGAGAAAACAGGCCAGGUGGAUCCCAUGUUAGGCAUGCUUGGUUUUGGAGGAGGAAUGGAUUUUGACUCUGAUAAAGCUUACAGAGAUGUAGCUCACAUCAGCACCUGUGACGAUGGCUGUCUGGCUCUGGCAGAUCUGCUCGGGUGGAAGGUUGAGUUGGAGGAGCUGGUGAAAAAGGAGCACGCUCGGAUUGACGCCGAAGACAAGAAGAAAACAGAGAGUGAGAGCAAAGGAGCCAGUGCGAAGGCAAGCCCCACACCAGAAACUAAGAAGGAAGAAUAAAGUCUUUUAUUACAAAUACAUCCUAAUUUUACUGUAUUGGAGUGAUUUUAGCCCUUGGGAUAAUCUAACAAGGGAUAUGUAAUUCAUUAAUGGGGCGUGCAGAUAUGUCUUGUGAAUAUCAGGCAGUUUUUUGUUUGUUUGUUUUUUCAUAAUAGCACUUUAUUCAUUUUGCUAAUUAACAUCCAUAUUUGCAUUAAACCAAACUGUAUGGGUCAGAAUGAUCCUUUAUCUUGUGCACAGGUAACUACAACUUGCCCCUUGUGGCAUUUUCUUAAAUUAACUAUGAUUUUUAAUUGUUUUUGCAGUUUAAUUGUCCAUAUUUAUUUAGCAUAGACAUUACUAUGCAUCAAUACAGUCCUAGCAUUAUAAUUAUAUCCACUCUGAUCCCAAAAAAACAUAUUUUCUUUAAGUUAAUGCAUUUGCAAAUUCUUCUUUCUUGUAUUUUUCAAUUGUACAAUGUUUUAAGCAUUAUCUUAUCUUAAUUUUUUCCACAUUUUGUAAUUGAGUUCUUAAUUUUUCCUACUUAUUGCAGUGGAGCUUACUGGAACUUACAAAAGGUUGUGUAAGGAAUGAUCACUGUGUUUAAAAAAAAAAAAAAAAAAAAAAAAGCAAGAAAA